AUGAGUGAUAACAUUCUUGUGCUGGGAGCUGGCGAGCUAGGUACUGCCAUCCUAGAGGCAUUGGCAAAGCAUCCUUCGAGGGCCAACGCCAAGCUGUCGGUCUUAUUGCGUCCGUCGUCCAUCAAUUCAACAGCUCCAGAAAAGAAAAAGCAGAUCGAGCACCUUCAAGGUCUCGGUAUCACACCGCAGCCCGGUGACGUCGAGUCUUCGACUUCUGAGCUUGCUGCCAUCUUCCGCAACUACGACACCAUCAUCUCCUGCAACGGCAUGGGCCGCCCAUUUGGUACGCAAACUAAGCUAGCAGAUGCCGUGUUUGAGGCAGGCGUAAAGCGAUACUUCCCGUGGCAGUUUGGGAUGGACUACGACGCCAUUGGAACGGGCAGCGAUCAGGACCGGUUUGACGAGCAGAUCAACAUCCGGAAGAAGCUCAGGGCGCAGAACAAGACCGAGUGGACCAUCGUGUCGACAGGACUUUUCAUGAGUUUCCUGUUCCUAACGGACUUUGGGGUCAUUGAUCUCGAGCAGAAAGUCACUCGCGGGCUGGGAACCUGGGACACCAAGAUCACCAUCACUGUACCACGAGAUAUCGGCAGAGUAACGGCAGAUAUAGUUUUCGACCCACGAGGAAUCGCAAACGAGGUCGUCCAUAUUGCCGGCGAUACGCUAUCAUACAAGGAGAUCGCGGAUCUGGUAGACGAGCGGUUCGGAGAAGGUACUUUCAGAAGAGAGCUUUGGGAUAUGGAGACGCUGAAGAAGCAGCUUGCAGAGGGUCAGCCUGUGGCGGAAUACAAGGCUACUUUUGCUGUUGGUAAGGGUGUUGCUUGGGAUAAGGAGGGGACAGUGAAUGUGGCGAGGGGGAUUCAGAUGACUGGGCUUAGAGAAUAUCUCAAAGAUGUGAAUCUGGUCAAGUAG